CACCGGUUGGUCCCACCGAUUCCAACAUAAUGUCCCAGAACUUGCCACGUGGCGUUCGGUCUGAAAGGUUGCUGUACUGUUGUGCUUACAGAAUCAUUAUCUCCCUUGCUGGAAUAUCUUUCCUCUUUAUGAUUCUGUCACUUUCUGUCUGUACCAAAAGAAGUAAAGAACCUUACCCAUAUUUCUCUCCUUCUCUGUUUCUUUCAUGUUUUAUGGGAGCUUCUUAAGAAACUUCUGGCCUAUGGGUUUAUGUACAGACUAGAGAGCAAGUGACAGGAAAGAGAAGGUUCUGUUCCUUUUGUUUGGCGUGGAACUUCAACUUUCACAAGUCAGGUUUAGAUGUUCUACUUCUUCAGCUUCUUAUUCGUCCAGAAGCUUUCCAAAUUUGAGAUCUGACAUGGAACACCAAGAUUGGAAUUUUGAGGAGAACUACAAUCUGUCCAAUAAUAGAAGAUAUAUAAGGCCACAAGAUGACCUGGUAGAGUUGUUAUGGCGAGAUGGGCAAGUGGUUCAGCAGAGCCAAACUCAUAGAGAUCAAACUCAGAAACAGGACUAUCAACAAGAAACCCUAAGACCCAACACCUUUCUUGAGGAUCAAGAAACCGUCUCUUGGAUACAAUACCCUCUAGAUGAAGAUCCAUUUGAAUCCGAAGACUUAACCUCACCUUUCUUCUCAACUAUAGAUCUCCUCCAAAGACCGGCUUCAGAGACGGCUAAGCACGAUGCCAGUCCUAAACCUCCUGAUCAGGUCAUGCCUCCUCCUAAGUUUAGGUUAACGGAUUCAUCAUCAGAAGUCAGGGAACUAGGAAAAGAACAGUACUCGGUGGUGACCGUUGGACCAAGCCACUGCGGUAGCAACCAAUCUCAAACCGUUCUCGAUGGCUCACUGAGAGCAGUCGAUGGGAGGCCCUACCCGAACGCAAGUUCGUCAUCAGGUGGCUCCUCUGGUUGCAGCUUUGGCAAGAACAACAAAGAUAUGGCUUGUGUAAGAAGAUUCACAGCAGAGCGUAAGAGAAAACAUAUAAUGGACACUGAUGAAUCUGUGUCUCAGUCAGAUGCUAUCGGUAAUAACAAGUCGAGCCUACGAACAGGAUCAACGCGAAGAAGCCGUGCAGCUGAAGUUCAUAAUCUCUCCGAAAGGAGGAGGAGAGAUAGGAUCAAUGAGAGAAUGAAGGCUUUGCAAGAACUAAUACCUCACUGCACUAAAACUGACAAAGCUUCAAUUUUGGAAGAAGCCAUAGAUUAUUUGAAGUCACUUCAGUUACAAGUUCAAGUUAUGUGGAUGGGGAGUGGAAUGGCUGCUGCUGCAGCGGCUCCUAUUAUGUUCCCUGGGGUACAGCCUCCUCCACCGUUCAUCCGUCAGGUGCAGAGCCCGGUACUGUUGCCUAGAUUUCCUGUUAUGAACCGGUAUCCGAUUCAAAACAAUCCCGGUUUAGUUUGUCAGAACCCGGUACAAAACCAAGUGUUGUGUAAUCGGUUUGAUAGAUACGUUGGCCUAUUCCCACAGUGCAGGCUGCUGCCUCUCAGCCGAUGGAGAUGUUGAGGUUUGGUUCUCCAGCGGGACAGGAAAGUCAACGUACGUCUGCGCAGACGAAGACCACCGACGGUACUCGUUAGGGCCACUAAGCGGCUGUUGCAUUUUUUUUCUUUCUUUUGCGGUUUGUUUGGUUGUUGGGGCAUUCUUCGUUAUUUACAUAAUCUUCUGAACAUAGGUUUAAACGUUAUUUUCUGUAUAUGCGAGUUUAUGUAUUUUAACCUUAAUUUCAAAAUGACAUGAGCUUUUUGUAAUCAUCUAGAACCAUAAAAUGUGAAAUACAUGUUUAAUAUGUAGUUCAUGUUUCUCUAAUAAAAUUAUGCAUUAGUCUAA